AAUCGCGCCCAUGGUACCCGACGAGUAUGACAUGAUGGGGCAGAUCAGGAGCAGCUUCAAAUACUUCUGUCCUAAUCCUAACUGUAUCGAUAUGGUUUGUCCCGCACAUCAGACAAGAAAUGUUGUACCUCCACUGCAGUAUUCAAACAAACUUUCCCAGAAUGACCUUCUCAAUCGGAUGGAAUCGCACGGCGGGAAGAAGCAGUCUUGCAAGCGUACAUGCUUCUCUUCGAAUCCUCUCCUAGACGCUGAUGGCAUAGCAUGGGAUGAGACCGCCACGGAUGAGUUGCGCGUUGUCCUUGGAAUGGACGCAGACGCUCUUCCUUGUGAUUUGGCUGUGAUGAUACGGAAGCCGUGCGCUGAGUGCUUUGCCCUACGCCCACUAUUUCUUUCCAAAGUGGACGAAAAGGCAAAAAAGAAGGGGCAAAGCAAACAAACUCCCAGGUUCAAGGACACUGAGCCACCCGAGGAGUGGACACCAAAUGACCCAUGCACGCACGAGGGCGAUUGCAUGGAGUCCAACUGCGAAUGCUACAAAAACGAUGCUCACUGUGGACGUAACUGUCAUUGUUCAAAAAGGUGCAAACGUCGAUGGCGAGGCUGUACGUGCUCGAAAAGCAAGAGGCGAAACCUCUGUCGGACGAAUGAUUGUCCGUGUUGGAGAGCUCACCGGGAGUGUGACCCUGAGUUAUGUACUCGUUGUGGAGCCAAGUAUUUGUUCGAUGACGAAUGCAAGAACAUCGCUAUCCAGCAGAAUCAUAUCAAACGCACAGAGCUGCGUAGCGCGACGUACGGUCUCGGUCUGUUUCUUGCCGCAGACGAGACUGCCUUAGAAGGAGACUACAUCAUGGAAUAUGUGGGAGAGUUGGUCUACGAUGAAACAGCGGAGUCUCGGCAAGAUGUAGCCAAAUACCUCGGCCGGAAUUAUUUCUACCGGCUAAAUGAGACCCUCAACAUCGACGCCAGCCGUGUCGGGAACGAAGCACGCUUCAUAAACCAUGCCCCCAGCAGGCUGGCCAAUUGUAAUGCUGAAGUACUCCUCGUGAACGGGGAGCAUAGGAUUGGUAUCUUCGCAGCGAGAUAUAUUGAAUCAAACGAAGAGCUCUUCCUUGACUAUGGGCCCGGAUUUUUCAUACACGACUCAGAUGACGAGUCUCAAAACCGUGUACAUGAUGAUCCGGAUACAAUCAAAGGGGAGGAUUGACUAUUACGGCUUUUCAAUCUUAACUGAGAUUUUUAUCGAUUUUGUCCUCAUCGACCCACCAAUCCUUGCCAUUCCCCGUUCUCUCGAUCACCGCCCUUCUCCCUCCACCGACACCACCUCCAAUUGUCGGAUAAUGUACCACAUCCAUCUCCGCACUAUUUCCACCUACAAGAUAUCUC